AUGGCAGACGAAGCAGCCGCAGCGGCGGAACCUGGGGAGGGAGAAGAGGAGGAAGUCCCCAAGGAAACGGUGCCCGAGCAGCUCACCCUUCCGCUUUUCUGGCAGAACGAGCGCCUGAGUGACUGCCUGAUCAAGCUGCCAGCAGUUGAAGCCGAUCCAGAUGCAGCUGCAGCGGAAGGUGGAGAGGGAGGGGAAGCUGCGGAGCCUCCGCCGCCUGCUGAAGUGCGUUUUUUUGUGUUUUUUUCAAGUAAAAACAAUAAACCAAAAAAAAACUGUAUAGAAGAACACAACAUUCAUGCAUGAAAGCAGAGAAAUAAGAGCAUAAGUGUCAAGCAGGUGGAUGGCAAUGAAUCGCACGCAAGCAGAUGGAAUCCAUCACAAUCAAUGGCAAGCACAUUGGAUUCGCACUCUUAAUUCGAUAGCAGACGAAGACAACAUGAAAUCGUGGCUAUCUUGAUCUAAUCUAUCAGGCUCCAGCGGAAGGUGAGGAAGGCGAGGCGGCUGCGCCCAGCAAACCGCGAGAAUGGAAGUGCCAUAAAGUCAUCCUUUGUGCCGCCAGCGACUUUUUUUACGAGCAGUUUAUUCUCGGCGGCGCGUCUGGUGGUGCAGCCGCAGGCGGCGAAGAAGGAGCCGCUCCAGCCGAAGGUGGCGGCGAGGAAGGCGGAGGCGGCGGGGGAGAUGAGAUCACUAUUCCUAGCUUGCCAAACGACCCGAUCGUCCGGAAGGAGCUGGACCUCACCGACGCAGUGCCACUCGCACUGCGGUACUGCUACUGCAACCAAGACUGGACAGAAAUAGAGCCGGACAUCAUGGAUCCCGUAGCGCUGUUCGCGGUGGCCACGUUGCUCAAAAGUAGAAAAUUCUUGUUUUGAUGCAGCACGUUCUUGCUCACUGCUCCGCUAAAACUCCGAUUUUCGGUUAUCCUUCUAUCUUCACCUUGUUCAUGAUGACCAAGAUAUAAGUAUGAUGCCUUAGCCUUUCUCAGUUUGGGUUUGCUUGAUACAUCGAUCAGCAGCAAGGACGUAAAAACGCACCACAGUCAAAUCCCUCGUUGCCAAGACGCUGGAGCACAUCGAGGAGAACGUGCUGUCGCGGGAAACAUGCGCCACUCUUUUGUACAGCUCGACUUUUUCUCUUUGAACUUGAUCGAAACAAAUGUGGAUGAAGAAAUUCGAGUAAAACUCCAAUGUACGCGGGACGACAAGUUGCAUUGAUAAGUAAGACCGAUUAAGAAUCAACAUUCACAACUACAGCUAUCACGCUACGCUUCUCGGGUCGGGUGCCGCCGAUCUUUGCGAAAUGGCGCGGCAGGCUCUGCUGAACGAGUACUGCUAUUUGAACGCCGACGACCACGCGAAACUGGUGCGUUUGCCGAUGACCACGCUGCUGCCCCUGCUGCAAGACGACGAUCUGCUGGUGCAGGACGAAGGUGAAGUGUAUUCCUUGGUGAACAAAGUGCUGCGCACGCGGUUACCGCGAAAAGAGCAGACCCUGACGCUAAACAACGUGAAAAUCAUGGAAGCGCAGUACUUCGUGAAUCAGCCCGCAUUGUUCGAGGUGCUCGUGGUGGAGUCAGGUAUGCCAAUCUUAGCUGUUUGUAUUUGUUUUGUUGCGAUAUGCGCACCUGAUACGACAACUAUUGCUGUUCUUUUAUGAAGAUUUUCAAAAGUGCCAACCUGUUUAUGUGUUACUGCAAGAGGCAGAGGGCCAGUUUGUUUCUUUUCCUAUGUUUUUCAGGUUGCGCAAUCUGCGAAGGCAGUUAUUACCCAGCGGAAAAUGAAAAGUACGCGUCAAGGACGACAGAGAGGUUAACCAUCGAGCCCGGCACCCGUGGAGAAUUUCCGUUUCCUGAGGAGGAAGGGUAUGCCGACUUUCUUUCUGCUAUUUUUACGGCCGCCUCUUAAAACUGAGAAACCGCGCACUAACUACAACCGACAGGAGGUUCAUUGUAUGUGCGCAUGUAGUAACUGUAACACGCAGUAUUUGUUUUGCGAAUUUAGGUAACUGGCUGGAUAAACAAGCGUAAAUUUUUGAUUAUCACUGACACGAUCUCGAUCACGACGCCAGGUACGCAUUGUCCCUCGAGAUGCCGAGUCUGUACAACACCAACGUUUCUGCCCUGCAGGCCCCGGAUCUGGUGAUUCGCGCGCUGAAGGAAAUACUGCCAGCAGAAACGGAGGGCGCGUCGGAGGAAGUCAAAGUCGACAACGCGCUGCGGUACGAAGUCAUUGCGGAAGGUGUCCUACCGCGGGAAGCCUUCGUCAAGCAGCCCUCGUCUCCAAGCGCGCGGAAGAGGCUCGGGCUUCCGGCACUGGACGCAACGUCCAAGGAGGCCAAGCCGGUUUCCACAGCGGAAGAAACCGGUGAGGGCGGCGCGGGCGAGGAAAAUGCGGAAGCGGCCGAGGACCAGCCCGUCUACAGCGUGACCGUGAGCCUGAAGGGUCAGCCGAUGGGCGAGAUCCAGUUCAGCGUCACCAUAGCAGAGAAGGGCACGGCCGAUGGCGAGGAGGGAGCCGAGGGGGCUGCGGAGGGCGCCGGCGAAGAAGCCGCACCACCGGCCGAAGCGCCUGCAGAAGGCGAAGAGGGGGCGGAGGGCGGGGCAGAAGAAGACCCGAACAAGGAACCCGAGGUGAAAGCAGGUCUGCCGCUGGACGAAGUCGACGUAGACGCGUUGCUGGACGCAGUGAGAUUUCCCUUCUUGCAACAUCAAACGCUCGUGGACGCAGCGCGGGACCCGGUUUUGCACGAGGCAAACGCGCAACACCUCGUGGUCGAAGCGUUGUCCUCGAGGCUGUCGGCCUACGAGCCCGGUGGCGUGCACGACGAAUGCAAACCCAGAAAUUCACUCGUAAACAACAAUUGAUUUAUGAAUUAUCGUUUUUGCUUGAUUAUAUGUGCAUGUGGAAGGUCUAUGCAUGCGUCUACCAAUCUACAACCUAGCCGCGUGUAUCUUCACUUUUCCACUUGACGAGGUUCACAUGGAAUAUCAAUCAACAUCAACUACAGAUGCGCGCACUGGUUCCAGUGAAGCCCGGCGGUAGGAGAAAAUCCUUGCCAUUAGCAGAUCCAAAAUCACCAUUGAAGACCAUGAAAAUCGAGACAAAACCUGCACCGGUGCUCGGUGGCGCUGCAAGUCUCGAUAACCCGUUCGUUUUCGAGCAAGAGAAGGACUUCGACACCAACGGACUUCUGUUCUUUCUGGCGACCAAGGGAAAAACAGCCGCGUGGAAAAAUCCGCAGGGACUAGGUACUUUCUGGGAUACAAAGGAAUGCAUUUUUGCCGCCUAGUAGACGUCCCCAAUUAGAAAAGUUCAAGAUAGAAGAAGUAGGGGUUGCUUGACUGUCAAUUUGUGAGAGUGGGAUUUUUUGAGAAUCGAAUGUGAUUCCGAUCGACGUCCAUCAGAGGCAGUCUCAUUCGCGGGCGCGUGGGCACCGGGGGGAAAGCCUUUACUACUUAUUUUUAUUUUGUGAUGGCUUCAGGUCAAGUCCAAGUCUUGAAGUCCGGUGUUGGGUUUGGCAAGUCGGAGGACCUGGUAGGGCGCGAGGCCAUCAACUUGCGCACGCAAAAUACGGAGAACAGUUUCUUCGGGGUGGACUUGCUCACGGACCGUCUGUUUGUCUGCGCUGGGUAUUGCUUACGAUCCAGGAACACGACGAGCCACGCCCUGGUUUCGUGGCAGUUUCAGGGCAGCAAGGAUCCCCAAGACCCGAACGCAAAGUGGAUAGUGCUGGAUGAACAACGGCAAUCGAAGCUGCUCGUCGGGAAGAGCGGAGCCACUGCGUACUUCAUCUGAUUUUUUUUUUUCACGCCCGCUUUCUCCUCCAUUGAUGACGUGAAUAAGAGCAAGCCAAUAUCUAUACAUUUUUUUUCAAUUGUGUUGCUGCGUGUCGUGUGAGGACCGCAGUACGAUCAUAAAUAGAAAUUAUCGAAUCUAUGCAUACAGUGCUCCUUCUCAUGCUUUACAUGAAAAAGAAAAUACAAAAUAGGUACUUUGAUUGCACACUGCCCAUCAACGGGACCGACCAAGAAGGACUACCAAAUGCUGCAUUCCGUGCGUUCCGGGUGGUGCAAGUGGGCAAGAAUAGUUCCGGCAGCUACAAUCUGGGCCUAAGCGGAGUCGAAAUCUACGGCAAGGCGAUUCGCGGAAACUAUCCCUGACGCUAACGUCUAAAUCACGAGAGAAUGCAGGUUUUUUUUCAAACAGAAACAGUUCUAUGAUUUUGCUUUUUUCGUGCUCAUCCUACAACUAGUGCUAUUUGACAAUCAAUCAAAUUUUGGACGCCUUCCGGGCGAGAAUAUUGCCUUGGAGAAACAAAAGGAAAAGUGCAAAGACAUACAUUUUUUUUGAAUCUGAAAGGGAUACGGUUUUGGUUGUCUUUUCGUCUUCGCAAGGAUACCACUUGAAAAAAAAGUAAGUACUUGUAUGUACCUCCGUUUCAUCUGUCUGGAAGGAAUUAUUUACAUUAAGAGGGCAACGUCGACGCACGCGAAGUUCUCACUGGUGAAGGACCCCCCCUGUGGUAUUUUACCGAUGACGUGGUCAACAAGUGCGUGAGUGCGGGCCUGUUGGAGCUUUUUUUGUACGAUGUCCUCUCCGAGGAGACAGAAGACUCGUCCGCUUUUUCUCGUCAACUGAGCUACCGGAUAAAGGAAAUAAAGCUAGAGAUCUGAUCGUCAACGCAGACGCCGGCCACGCUUACGCACUUCUCGUGCAUCUUCACUUAUGUUCAGUAGUUCGUCGACGUCGAACGGAUGUGGGCCACCGUAUCGUUGUUUCGC